GUACCCUUGAAUUUUCUAUUUUAUUAUUGUUUUUUAAAUAAAGAGGAGUUUUGUAGUGUGUGUAUAACUAUAUAUAUACCAAAGUAUGUCUGUGAAAAAGCUGGUCAUCUUUGAAUCAUAAAUAUCAAGUUAAUUUUUGAUAGCAUGGAAAGAGAAUCACCACGACGGAUAAUGUUAAAGGCGUGCAUAUGGCUUGCCUUUGUGCCAUUUAUUUGCAUCAGUCAAGCCAAUUCAGAACAACUAGACAAACCUGUUUCAAGAGAAAUUGCUAUCAAUGAAAAUCCAGGUUUUAUAAGCAUUGAUUGUGGAUCAACAGUUGGUUACUUGCAUAAUGAGACUGGAACUUGGUAUAACGCAGACAAAGGAUUUGUUGAAACAGGAGAGAAUCACGUGACUUCAUCCACUAUUAACUUAAACUAUCUCUACUUUGGGAAACAGUUGACAACAUUGAGAUGUUUUCCAGAAGGAGAUAGAAACUGUUACACCUUGAAACCAAGAGAGGGAAAAAAUAAUAGGUAUCUCAUAAGGGCUUUCUUUUCAUAUGGAAACUAUGAUGGAAAAAAUCAAACACAGUCAUUUGAUUUGUAUCUUGGAGUCAACCUUUGGGACAAUAUUAAUUUCACUUAUAAUUACCAUUUUACUGAGAUCAUUCACACUCCUUCAAGUGACACUAUAAAUGUGUGCCUUGUAAAGACUGGUCCAACAAUCCCUUGCAUUUCUUCAUUGGAAUUGAGACUUUUGAACAAUUCAAUUUAUCAGAGUCAUCAAAUAAUCUCCACCAGUGAUCCACAGCCUCUGUUGAAAAUGGAAGCUAGAUUCGAUGUUGGUCCCUCGUCCUGUUCAACCAAACACUCUAGGUACAAAGAUGACGAGUAUGAUCGAAUAUGGACUUGCGACAAAAAUUUGUACGGAACAAACGAUUGGUAUCCGUCGGGUUUGGAUGAAUCAAUAAAUAUUGAUCCUGAAACCAAUAAUGAUGCUUAUAAAAUACCAGCUCAAGUAUGGAGAAGUACAGUCCAACCAGAGAAUGUUUCACGCCCCUUGGGAUUUGUCUAUACUUAUACGUAUACACCACCCCUAGACAAAGCUUAUGAUUAUUAUGUCUACUUUCACUUUUCUGAAAUAGAAAAACUUUCAGAUGGAAAAAAAAGAAUCAUCAAUAUCACCCUCAACUACCAACCUGUGUCUCAGCCUUUAGUUCUGGAUUACUUAAAACCUGUUACACUCAAUUACAAAAGUCAAAGUAAUGUUUGGUUUAACAUCAGCGCAGCCCCACAUUCUGAUGCUCCUCCUAUACUAAAUGCGUUUGAGAUCUAUAAGUUCAUAACUCAGGUUGAUUCACCAACAGAUGCUCGAGAUGUUGGUGCAAUCAUGGAUAUCAAAAGUUCAUACCAAAUCUAUAAAUUGAGUUGGCAAGGAGACCCGUGUCUUCCUAAGCAAUAUGCAUGGGAAGGUCUUGUUUGCAAAGGCGACAGCGACACCAUUCCAAGGAUCACAUCUUUGAACCUGAGUUCAAGCCAACUAGCAGGGGAGAUAAAUAUUUCGUUCUCAUAUCUUACAGAACUGGAGUAUCUGGAUUUGUCACACAACGAGUUGGAAGGACCUUUGCCGGAAUUUCUAGGAAAUCUGCCAAAGUUAAAAGUUCUUAAUCUAACCGGAAACAAGCUUUCGGGUCCAAUUCCGGAUGCUCUCAAGCAAAGGGCAGAUGCAACUUUGCAAUUAAGACAUACUAUUUGUAUAACGGGUUCAUGCAAAAAGAAGAAAAUUGUUGUACCACUUGUUGCAUCACUUUCAGCAUUAAUUGUAACCAUUUUGGCCUCUCUUGGAUUUUGGCUAUUCAAAAGACAAAAAGCGGUGCUUUCAAAUCCUAAGAAGUAUGGUUCAUUGAAAUCAAAACAUCAAGUAUUUAGCUACACAGAAAUUCUUAAUAUCACUGAUAACUUCAAAACUAUUAUUGGAGAAGGAGGAUUUGGAAAGGUUUAUGUUGGCAUUCUACAAGAUCACACGAAAGUUGCUGUUAAGUUGCUUUCACCAUCGUCAAGGCAAGGUUAUAAGGAAUUUCAAUCAGAGGUACAACUUCUAACAGUUGUUCACCAUAGAAAUUUGGUCUCUCUCGUUGGAUAUUGUGAUCAAGGUGAAAUCAAAGCAUUAAUUUAUGAGUACAUGGCCAAUGGAAAUCUCCAACAACUUCUAUCAGAAGAAAAUCAAGAUAUCUUAAGUUGGAAUGCGAGACUUAAAAUUGCAGUCGACGCUGCACAUGGAUUGGAAUAUCUGCAUAAUGGAUGUAAACCACCUAUUAUGCAUAGAGAUUUGAAGCCUUCCAACAUACUACUAGAUGAGAACUUGCAAGCAAAGAUUGCUGAUUUUGGUCUAAGUAGAGCUUUUGGUAACGAUAAUGAUUCUCAUAUAUCCACAUGUCCUGCUGGUACAUUUGGUUACCUUGAUCCAGAAUGUCAAAGAACAGGAAACACAAAUAAGAAGAAUGAUAUCUACAGCUUCGGGAUAAUUCUAUUUGUGUUGAUCACCGGAAAGAAAGCCGUAGUAAAAGUACCUGGUCAAAACAUUCACAUACUUCAAUGGGUUAUUCCCAUAGUUAAAAGUGGAGAUAUUCGAAACAUUGUUGAUACGAGGCUGCAGGGUGAAUUCAGCAUCAAUUCAGCAUGGAAAGUUGUCGAGAUAGCCAUGUCCUGCAUUUCACAAAAUGCGGAUGAAAGGCCGGACAUUAGCCAAAUAUUGGUAGAGCUAAGUGAAUGUCUAUCUUUGGAUAGAGUUUGGAGCAAUGGUGAAAGAGCAAGAGAUAUAAAUGAAAUGAGUUCUUUAACUGCUGAAGUAGACACUGCUCCAUUAGCUAGGUAACCAUCUUAUGAUGAUCUCUUCAUCUUAUAUUCAGUGUCACUCUGAAAUCUGAAUGUCCUAGUAUAUAUAGUAGCCAUAUUUUGUAUGAUAUGUAGUAUAAUAAUUUGUAUCUUUGAAGUUCUCUAGGAACAAAAAGAGUUGUGUGCCAACAA